GUAACAAUGUCUGCUUCACAGAAAAGUCUGUCAGAUAUUCUGGGCUGGAAGGCUCAAGAUGGAUCCUGCAAAGACUCCUGGACACUUUGGGUGACUGUCUGGGCAGUCAACUGCCCCGUCAUUGCUAUAGAUUUGGAGUUUCGUGAUCUGUACUUCUAGCAUACGCAGGCCAUUUUACUCCUCAGGUCUCUGAUGGUGUUAAAGACUAUUGAUAUUUAAGCUUAAAUUACUUAAGAUUUGAGGAAAUGUUUUAAGGCCUAAGGAGAUGUUCUUUGGUUUAUAAAUGCAUAGAAUAUAAUAGAAUAUGCAUGUAAAUAAAUAGAAAAUAAUUUAUUUACAGAAACCCAAACCCAACUGCCAAGAUAGGAAUAAUAUUAGAAUACUGUUCUUCUAAGGUGGCUAAAUACAGUCAGACUGGACACUGUAAAUGCAGUCUUACCUGUUGGAUUUCACAGUUGUUCCUAAGGUACGAAGUUUAGUGACGUUAGAGAAAGGGCCUUUUAUUGGACGAUAAGGGGGGAGAUGUAGAGAGAAUCUCUUCCAUAGUCUGUGCAAGCAUCACCUGUAAUAAAAAGCUGAUGGGCUAUUAGUUAAGGCAGGAAAUAGAAGUUGGAACACUGGGCAAGAGACACAUAGGACUUUGGGAAAAAGUCAAGACCUGGAGAUUGGCCCCAAAGGCUGAAGAAACCAGAAGCAUGAAUCAGAGGAGAAAUAACCAACCAUAUGGCAGACACGGACUAGAGUAAACAGGUUAUAUAAAUUACAAGCUGGUUGGAGAACGGGCCACAGCUUAUAAUCUGGGCAUUUAUUCUCAGAGUCAUGAUUCUGGAAAGAGUCUGGGUAGAAACGCUCCCAGUUACACUUUGUGUUGACUUAGCCUCUCUCUCUCUGCAGAACACUUGUCCAAAAUGCACCUCAUUCUGGAAAAUCCAGAUGGUUAGUUUGACAUACUCACUAUCCAGCUACAAAGUCCACUGAGGCACUCUGCUGCCUGUAAUUGCUAGACCUGUGAAUAUCUAUCUGUCUGAUAUGCAGAAGCAGAAGCUCAGAGAGGGCAUUCUCAUUCUCAUGGAAAUGGAAAGGUCCCUGUGGCCCAAAGUGGAAAUAGCCACUCUGGGUUAUAGUGUGCUGUGCUUGGUCCAUUUCUCCCUCUGACCUAACAAAGAGCCACUGUGAUAGAAGAAUGAGUGUUCCCUCUAUAAGGGUGUGGGCUGGUCUGUGGUUUUGUCUCUACUGACCAGGUAGCUGUUUUGGGUAACCUGUGGGACUCCUUCCUCGGUGUCUAGUUUGUCAGUUGUCAGAUUGAGGACCUCAGUUCCGUUCACUGUUUGGUAGUUGUGAAUUAUUUUAUAUUAGAAUCUGACGUGUGCACCUGAGCACCGUGACUACCUAGCGUCAUGGCAAGUCACUCCCAAAAGAAGAGCGUAGGGCGUCAGUAUAAGAUGCUUUCUUCCAUUGGCCACGGUGAAUUCGGCACAGUGAAACUCACCUGCCACAGGAAAACCGAAGCCCUCAUGGCCAUAAAGACUAUACAGAUCACAGAGAGGCAAAUAAGAAGGAUCCUGUCGGGAGAGACCUCACCGCCUGGUCAGGUGGGCACUCCUGAGGCUGCAGAGCGGAGGAGACCACCAACACUGCCCACCCUUACCCACAUCCCUGGCCCAAGAGGCAAGUGUAUAAGGCCUCUGGGUUCCCGUAGGGGAGGGCCCAGGAGCGGCAGGACCUCUGUGCCUGAGACACUGCCAGAACCUGAAGGAAACAGACUGGAUAAACAGUUCUCUGCACCCAAAUCCCGUGGGAGGGAGAGCUUAACCUUCAGAGAGGCGGGCGCGCCUGGGAGACCAGAAGAGACUGCACUCUGCGCACGUCCAGAUGCCAGAGGAAAACACCAAACGCCAUCUGGAACCCUGGUGCACGAGGCUCCUGGAAAGAGAGGCGCAGAUCUUCCCAGUUGCUGCCGCCGCAGAGAGGACUUAGGCAGUACCCCACGAGCAAACUUGAGCCUUGGAACCACAGGUAGGACCAACUUUUCCCCUGCAAGAAACCUGCCUGGUGAACUCAAGACACAGGCCCACAGGAACAGCUGAAGACCUGUAGAGAGGAAAAACUACACGCCUGAAAGCAGAACACUCUGUCCCCAUAACUGGCUGAAAGAAAACAGGAAAACAGGUCUACAGCACUCCUGACACACAGGCUUAUAGGACAGUCUAGCCACUGUCAGAAAUAGCAGAACAAAGUAACACUAGAGAUAAUCUGAUGGCGAGAGGCAAGCGCAGGAACCCAAGCAACAGAAACCAAGACUACAUGGCAUCAUCGGAGCCCAAUUCUCCCACCAAAAUAAACAUGGAAUAUCCAAACACACCAGAAAAGCAAGAUCUAGUUUCAAAAUCGUAUUUGAUCAUGAUGCUGGAGGACUUCAAGAAAGACGUGGAGAACUCCCUUAGAGAACAAGAAGAAGCCUACAGAGAGGAAUCGCAAAAAUGCCUGAAAGAAUUCCAGGAAAACAUAAAUAAACAAGUAGAAACCCAUAGAGAGGAGACACAAAAAUCCCUGAAAGAAUUCCAGGAAAACACAAUCAAACAGUUGAAGGAAUUAAAAAUGGAAAUAGAAGCAAUCAAGAAAGAACACAUGGAAACAACCCUGGACAUAGAAAAUCAAAAGAAAAGACAAGGAGCUGUAGAUACAAGCUUCACCAACAGAAUACAAGAGAUGGAAGAGAGAAUCUCGGGAGCAGAAGAUUCCAUAGAAAUCAUUGACUCAACUGUCAAAGAUAAUGUAAAGCAGAAAAAGCUACUGGUCCAAAACAGACAGGAAAUCCAGGACUCAAUGAGAAGAUCAAACCUAAGGAUAAUAGGUAUAGAAGAGAGUGAAGACUCCCAGCUCAAAGGACCAGUAAAUAUCUUCAACAAAAUCAUAGAAGAAAACUUCCCUAACCUAAAAAAAGAGAUACCCAUAGGCAUACAAGAAGCCUACAGAACUCCAAAUAGAUUGGACCAGAAAAGAAACACCUCCCGUCACAUAAUAGUCAAAACACCAAACGCACAAAAUAAAGAAAGAAUAUUAAAAGCAGUAAGGGAAAAAGGUCAAGUAACAUAUAAAGGCAGACCUAUCAGAAUCACACCAGACUUUUCGCCAGAAACUAUGAAGGCCAGAAGAUCCUAGACAGAUGUCAUACAGACCCUAAGAGAACACAAAUGCCAGCCCAGGUUACUGUAUCCUGCAAAACUCUCAAUUAACAUAGAUGGAGAAACCAAGAUAUUCCAUGACAAAACCAAAUUUACACAAUAUCUUUCUACAAAUCCAGCACUACAAAGGAUAAUAAAGGGUAGAGCCCAACAUAAGGAGGCAAGCUAUACCCUAGAAGAAGCAAGAAACUAAUCGUCUUGGCAACAAAACAAAGAGAAGAAAAGCACACAAACAUAACCUCAAUCCAAAUAUGAAUAUAACAGGAAGCAAUAAUCACUAUUCCUUAAUAUCUCUCAACAUCAAUGGCCUCAACUCCCCAAUAAAAAGACAUAGAUUAACAAACUGGAUACGCAACGAGGACCCUGCAUUCUGCUGCCUACAGGAAACACACCUCAGAGACAAAGACAGACACUACCUCAGAGUGAAAGGCUGGAAAACAACUUUCCAAGCAAAUGGUCAGAAGAAGCAAGCUGAAGUAGCCAUUCUAAUAUCAAAUAAAAUCAAUUUUCAAUUAAAAGUCAUCAAAAAAGAUAAGGAAGGACACUUCAUAUUCAUCAAAGGAAAAAUCCACCAAGAUGAACUCUCAAUCCUCAUCUUCGGUUGGUUUAUAUACAAGUGUGCAAUUUCUAGGCUUGAAAGUAAAAUGAUGCUAUUUGGUGCUGGAUAGAGGAGCCUUAUUUUUUAUUAUGGCAGCUUGCUAUUUUUGUAACAUGGUGAUUUGGUUGAACACAAUAAAGUACAGUAGUAAAAAAAAAAAAAGGAUCCUGUCGGAAGUAUCAAUACUCAAGAUGCUACACCAUCCAAAUAUUAUUUGCCUCUAUCAAGUGCUGGUAACAGUAAAACAUGUCCACCUUGUGACUGAGGUUGCUCCGGGAGGAACCUUAUAUGAUUUGAUAGCUGAAGAUGGCCCCCUUCAUGAAGAAGUGGCGAAGAAACAUUUUGGACAGAUCAUGUUGGCAACCAAAUACUGCCACACACUCAAUAUUGUCCACCGGGACAUUAAACCACAAAACAUCAUGGAAGAUGAUGACGGGCUUAUGAAGGUCAUCGAUUUUGGCCUUGCAGCACAUCAGAGACCUGGCACCUUACUGAGUGGGAAAUGUGGGACCAAACGUUUUGCCGCACCAGAGAUUUUACUCGGAGAGCCAUAUGAUCGAAAAAAGUCCGAUGUGUGGAGUCUGGGCAUGCUGCUCUACUUUAUGACCGCCGGGUUUGUGCCCUUCAAAAGAGUUACCAAUAAAGAUACUGAGGAAGAGAUCGUUACACGGACCUAUGUUAUCCCAUCUCACUUUUCUGGGCAGCUCGAAAAUCUUAUUCACCAAAUGCUCACAGUUCCCAUAGAGAAGAGGCCCUUCAUUGAAGCUAUUGAAGAACACGCAUGGGUCAUAAAGUCUGAACCGAAUAUGUCACCUAAGACCUACCCAGACACCCAAAUAAUACAUGUGCUCUGUGGCAUGGGGUUUAAUGCCAGUGAGAUUAGGGAGUCAUUGAAAAACCAAAAAUUUGAUGCACCAAUGGGGGCAUAUUUAAUUUUGAAAGAACAACAAGACAAGAGGGUUGAGUAUACAUCGAUCACAUCAUCCAAGCCUCUGAACCUGUGCCCUACCCCAUCCCCAUCCGAGUCAUAUCCCUCUGUCUCUGGUCUUCCCCUAGUGAGAAGUGAACCCAACUUUUGCCCACUCCACAUCUGGCCCUCAGGAGAGCAUGGGCCUGUUGCCUUGGCACCGUCAAGAUACAAGGUGGCCAGAAGUGUCUCUAUGCCUCCCAUUUCUCUAGAUUGUACAAGCAAGAAGAGCAGCACUUUUAGCUGUUACCUCCAUUCUGGACAUGGGAGUGACCCAUGUAUCUGCAGAAGCCUAUUGGAGGAUGAAUUGCCUGUGCUUCCUGACCAAGACUAUGACAUUGAAACAUCAUCUCCCCCUCAGCAGAUGGGGUGCUUUAAGAGACUGAGGAACAGCAUCAGGGAGUGCCUGUCAAGACUCAGUUGUUUGCCCAGGGCUUGGAAGAAAAGAACCCAGCAAAGAUUCUCCAAGAAAGUGGCACCCCUGAAAGAGGCAGGAGGCCAAACCCAAUGAAGGGUUAGCAGGCAUCGGAGGCGCAAUCUCUGCUUUGUGUUUUGUGUUCUCUGUCUUUAUUCGUGUCUUCUUGUUGGAAAAAGCAGAAAGGUGUACAUUUCUGGGGUCUCCUGGGAUGGUCAGAUGCAUUUCUACUCCAGCUGGAUUAAACUCUGAUCCUGGGCUCACCACCUCAAGAGGAAAUCCGGCUGGACCAUGCCUAGGUGCUAUCUGAUGCAGCUACACUAGCAGUAAUCAGCAGAGCUGUGGGUACUGCCAAGGUGAAAGGGGAUGUGUGGAGCUGUUGUCCAUGGGGAAUAUAUUCUGAUAGAGACUCUGCUUGGGGACCCAGAGCCUGGCAGAGUGACCAUGGUCAAACACAAAGGGGCCACCUGAGUGUCCCCCUACAUUUGCACUGGACAGGCAAAGUGUGCUGAGCCCUGUGAAGCCUCACAUGGUUGCUUGGAUGCCUACAUGGGGAAGCUGAGCUGGAUGCCCACUUACUGAGUAUCCUGGGUACCCUAUCCAGUGGAGAUGGUUUCAGUGUCACCACAGUGGCAUGCAGACCCUUGGCAUACCAUUCCAUGCUGCUCUUACCAACCAACUCCUACUCAGGGCAGACUAGGUGGCAGAGGAUCUUCACGGCCACCAGGCUCAAGGCAGCAAUGCCUCACAGUGAUUCCAUCAGGACACUGACCCCUGGCCUUCUCAACUCUCCCUUCUUCUCGUCAUCACAGGUGAACCCAACAGAGGCCUGCUCAAGAGCAAGUAAGGAGCAGAGAUGGGAAGCAUCCCACCACAGCUCUGCUCUGCAAUCCAUUCAAUGCCUGUGCUGCCUUGGGCAAUUCCUGUGCGGCCACAGGACAGGCUAAGGGACGCCCAUCCAACAUCCCACCCCCGUGCAUACCUAGGAAGCACCUUGAUGGCUUCUCACACUAACCAGGCUCCCUCAGGUCUACGCUGAAGCUCCAGCAGCCUGUGAACUUCCCAUUGUCCUGUGAGUCCCCCCUGGGAGAUGUAGGACAUAGUAUAUGGCUGACAGCAGGAGGCUCUGAGGAUAUAGGAGAUGGGCUUCAGUUGUGGGAGCAUGAAUGGACUCCAGGAUCUGACCCAGAACCAAGUCCCAGGAAUGCUCAAGCUGUGGACAUGAAAGGCUUCUGUCUACAGUGAGUGUGUGGUGAGUCUACAUUGCAGAAGGACCACACACAGAGGUUGAGGGAACACAAAGUGAAAGGUCACUACCAUGCAGUUCAGUCAGCCUGUGUGACCUUCUUUCCUGUGGGAAGUGUUGGGGCAGGCACACAGCACAUCUGUCUCACUGAGUCCAAGAAAGCUGCAAACCUUGUGUGUGAACCUCGAAGGCUUCAGUGACUGAGAAACAAGAACUUUCUGACCAUCUUUCUGACACUCGGUCUUCCACAUUUGAAGAGCCUGGAGGAGGGUCUCCUCUUAUGUGUCAGAGGGUAGCCUUGUGACCAAUGUCACUGCGUUCCUUAGGAUGUUGUUCCCAGGCAAUGGGCUGUUCGGCACGUCAGGGCUUGGUGUCUGAGCCAUCUGGCUUGCUCUUUGCUUUCUGGGCUGGGCCUGCCCAUGUGCUCCCUCUACAGUCACCUGUGCCCACGUCAUUGCUGGAGUUGUCUUCUCUCACGGGCCCCACUUCACUCUACUCCACCUCAGCGUCUCCCUGUGGUUGAGAAGAACACCCAGUGCUGAGCUCCAUCAGUGUAUCAGUGUGGAGCGUCACCCUCUGGAGAAGUGGGAGAGACUGGACUCCCACCAUUCUGCAUUCUGGCCAGUAAGACAACAACCAACCCAGUAAGGCAGUGUGUGGACAAUGAGACAGAAUUCUCUACAUGGACUCCAGUCACAAGAGCAGGGCCUCUUUGUCAGCUGCCAAAAACAUUGGUAAUCAGGGAACAAAACCUGAGCAGAUGCCCUCAAUGCCUCUACCCCGAGACCAAAUGUCACCCAUCCUCAUAGGACACUUAAGCAAUGUUCUUUUCUCCUCUUCCCCCAUUGGUUCUAACUCCUAUCAAGGUAAAGACAUUUCCUUCCCGUGGUCAGAUCUGAGUCUUUCUCCAGACGUCAGGUAACACAAUUGAAAAGAGGAUCUGGACCUCUCUGUGCUCGCAUGUCUAUAUGGACAUGCAGGAAUGCACAGGCUCUGGAAGACUUUUCUUUGCCAGCUGCAGGACCAGCUGAGGACCUCUCCACAUCUACUUCUGAAAAGCUUGUACCACGUGUCCUCUGUCAAGGUCAUUCUGUGACUGACAGUGAAGUAGUGAUACCCUGGUCUCCAUAUGAACAUACCCAGUCUGCCCCAACAGGGUGCUACUGUCACUACAGGGACACUGAGGACAGGACUAUGACAGUAGGACGUUGGAUGCAAUGAUGAUGGCAGCACCUUGUAAUGCCGACAAAAGAAGCUCAGGCCACAAAGGAGGUGGACUUCACCUGUGAGACCUGAGUGUUACUCCUGGAUCGGAGUCAACACCAACACCCAGGAAUCCAGGAGCUUUGCAUGGUGGAUGCUUCGGUCCACAGUGUGAGAGGGCGAAGUCCUGAGGUGCACUCACUCUGUGUAGCUGCACGGGGAACAAACUAGGCUUCUCUCCCUGGACUUAAGGGUCCAAAUGAGAAAAAUAGCAAGCAUAGGCUUCUUCAUUUGGGAAGGUGAGCCCCAGAUGAUGCCUAUAUCCUGACCACUUGUAGGUCUCACGAAUUCUGAGGGAACCUCUAAGGCUUGAAUUACUGUGAAACAUGCUGCUGUGUGCACCAGAAUCCUGCCUGAGAGCAGCAUUCACACCCAAAUGGCCAGAACCCAAAAGUAAAGUUGUAGGAGGGGACAGGUGUUCUGGUGACCUCUAACACCACCAGGAUCCCUGAGGCUCACCACCUCCUAAAGCACACGUAACCCACAUCAGUGCAGGUCACACCAGGGCAGCCAUCGCUGCUCCAGAGAUACUGCUGACAGGAAAGGAAGGAGGCCUCAUCUUCUCUGUUGCCCUUGUCUUCAGAAGAAACUUGAACACUUACAUCCCUGCAGAUUUCUUAACCUGGCCUGACCCCCAUGCUAAUCUAAGGUUCCAUAUUCUCCCUGUCUGUGACUAAAGAGAAGACCACAGACAUCUGCAACUCUGAUCCUAUCCAACUGAGACUCCAGUGCUCAAGGCAAGAGUGGACAGAGACUUCUCAGUCAUACCCAAGAAAAUGUCCAAAAUCAAGCUCUGGGGGAGGUAAGAGUGGGAGAUGCUGCAGGGCUGUGGACAGAGUCUAGAGUCUAGGGAAUGAAGUCUGUCCUCAUUAGGGCCAGGAGACAAAGGAGGAAUGGCGGAGCAAACACAGAUGACAUUGGUGUCCUGAUGUAAAGCCCAAGAUGGGGGGGGGGGCUACUGAGAAUCCUGAGCCCUGUGAGAGUGACCCAGGACAAGGACAGUGGGUGGACCUGGUCCCCUUCACUUCAGGCUGCAGUGUUGUUACCAUGACCUAUAGAAGCACAUGUCCCAGUGAACUAUCCUCUGGCAAGGCUACUCGAACCUUCAAGCUCAUGGGAUGACUGUCCCGCCUCCAUAGAGGUGAACUGGCAUUACAAGUUGCUACUGUCACUGUGGUGACCAUAAGGAUAGGAGGAACAUGAGAGUGGGUGGCUGCAUGGGAAAAUGUUGGGGAGGCAAAGCUAUACCUGGAAGCUACAUGGUGUAAACCCUGAGCCCGUCUUCAGGCCUUCAUUCUAUGAUGGUGUCCUCCUAGUCACAACCCUGUCACCAGAAGACAGCAAUAUCUUCCCAGACUCCUCAGCCUUGCUUCUCUGUCUUGAGAUUGAAGAGCCUCCAGGAGGCCUCUGCAGAUCAGUCAGUGGGUGGCCCCUGACCACUGCCACUGCAUUUCUGCAUUUCCUUAGAGUUGUGUUCUAACUGUGGGCUGACUGAGGAGCUGGCCUCCCAGUCCUCAUCGUACAACCUGUUCAUCACGACCUGGACUGUGCCUGCCCCUGUCCUACGGUACCAUCAUGGAAGCCAUCGCUCCCUUCAGAGGCCUGACUUCAUUCUUACCUGCAAGGAUUUAGGGUGAAGAUUGGCUCUGAGAUGUGACCCCAGCUUCCUUCCUGUCUCUGUAUAUUGUGAUCUGUCCUUUGGUCAGUUGCCAUUCACUAUGCAUAGUGAUGUGCAAGGCCCUCGCUAGGGGCUGGAUCCCAGGAUCACUGGUGUGGUGGACAAGCUGUGCCCAAGGAGCUGACACUGGGGCAGGGUCCAGGGCACUCAGGAAGACAAAGGUGAUGAGAGGUGAUGGGAAAGUCAGAAGAUGAGGAGGCCAUCUUGAUAGGAGGACAAUGUUGGAAUCCAAGAAAAAAGAAGCCAUGUUCCUGCCUGGGACUCCAUCAUUCUUCACAUAUAUAUGCAUGUUGAGUUUCUAAGCAGAUGCCUCCAGUUAUGAUUCUGACCUUAAGUAAACAGUGAAGGGUCACGAGGCUUUUCUGACAGGAACAACACAGGACGGAGCCAAGAUCCUGAUUCUGUGCACCGAAGUCCUCCCCUGUUUGUGGUUGCUGAGGACGGUCUGAAGAGAAAGACGGGACCUGCUGUGUCAGUGAAUGCCCAACCUCUGGAACUCUAUCCUGGUGCUUUCCCACAAGAUGCUGCUGGAUAUGGCCCCGUGGCAGGCCAAGAGCCUCUGUCUGCCAGACAGGAGACACCGUCACUGAGUCCAGCAAGCUCACGUGCAUCAUCACAAGCAGAUGUCGGAUAGAGGUUCUUUUCCCGGUAUGGAGCAUCCAAGAAAGCAUAACAACUGGUCAGCAAUUUCCUUCUGCCAGCCUGUGCUUCUUUGAGUAAGUCAAAUUCAGUGAUACUAGAUAUAUAUGAGGCUUACAGACCUUAGCCUAGUUUUCACAGAUGGUAUGGCUCUGAGAGCCCAUAACCUUGAACACAUUUCAUAGUAUUGACAUAUAUACUCACUUUCUUACCAUUCACAGUUUCCUCUAUCUUCUGUCUGUCUCUUCUGUUUUUCUGUUUGUAUAUCUCUCUGAUACUCCAGAUAUCUUCCCUAUCUCCUUUCCUCAUUCUCUCUGCGCCACCCCCCCCCCAUUGUGUGUGUAGGAAAGUGUUGUGCCCACCUUGUCCGGCAAGGAAGACCCAACACCAUCGGAUCCUUGUCAACAGCCUUUAUUGCAGGACACCUUCAUUGCUGAUACAGGGACCUUGAGCAGCAAAUGCGCUCGCCUUAUAUACACAACAGUAUGCUAAUAAUCCUUCAGGGAUUGGCAGGGCACGGGUCACCCCACUAUCACCCCAGUGUCAUCCCACUAUCACCCCACUACUUGUCCUCCAGGGAUUGGCGGAGAAUGAAUCACCUCAUUAGCAUGGUACUGCCCCUCAUUAGCAUAUUACCGGCCAAUUGACACCAGGUGCAAAACCUGCGCAUGCACAGUACCGUUGUUCACCACAGGAGGGCGCCCUACAUCUCCCCCUUUUUUGUUUAAUAAAAUGACUUGUCUAGAUCUGGGUGUCACGUCAAUCUUGUCAUUGCUCCUGACUUAGGUCAUUCUCAUCCAAACUCAGCAUUACCCGUCAUAGAGUUACCCUAUCGCCACUGGGCCCCAUGUCUUAGAUUGGUCCCAGCUCAAGGAAAGUUGCCCGUCUCUGGAUACAAUGACUCCACAUGACAGUGACAAAAAUGAUCUAGGGUGAACUCUUAAUCUUUCAAAGAGGCCAGCCAUAUGUUGGGAUAAGCUCUUUUAAGGUACGAUGCGCUCUUUCUACAAUUCCUUGACCCUGAGGAUUGUAUGGUAAUCCUGUAGUAUGACCGACCUGCAUUGUCUGGCAAAAUGCCUGAAAGUACUUUGCAGUGUAGGCAGGCCCGUUGUCUGUCUUGAGACUAUCAGGCUUUCCCCAGGCUGCCCAUGCCUCUAAGCAAUGACUAAUGGCAUUACGAGCUUUUUCACCAGUCAUCAGAGUAGCGUGUAUAAUACCGGAACAGGUAUCAACAGAAACAUGAGCAUAUUUUAAAUUUCCAAAUUGAGAUAUGUGUGUGACAUCCAUCUGCCAAAGUUUUAGUGGGAUCAGACCACGAGGGUUAAUCCACACAUAAGGAGGGUGGUGGAAUUGAACGCAAUUCUGGCAAUGUAACACCACAUCACGAGCUGUAGCCCUAGAGAUGUUAAAUUUUUGUUGAAGAGUAAAAGCAGGAACAUGAAACUUUUGAUGAAAUUCUCUAGCGAGAUCAACCGGAGCAGUAUUAAAAAUAAACUCUCUAUGAGUACUAACAUCCACCAGGGCGUUAUUACUGGUCAUGGGACCAGGCAAAUUAGUAUGGGCUCGAAUAUGUUGUAUAAAAAAUUUAUUUUUUUCUGGCCCAAAUCAAAUUUUGUAAUUCUAAAAGAAUUUGACAUACGGUACUACUCAACCAAAUUGGCCCUGCAAUUUCAAGUGAGCGCACAGCAUUAACUACAUAAGCAGAGUCAGAAAUUAAAUUAAAAGAAUCAUGAAAUCUUUUAAAAACUUCCAAUACAAUUUUACAUUCCGUAAUUUGGGGGGUGCCUAAACUGUAUUGAAUUAAUACUGGUUCUUGAGAAUCAACCAUAUAGGCACCUACACCUGUUUUGGAGCUAUCUGUAUAAAUAUCUAACGCUCCCGACAAAGGCUCUGAGGCAGUGACCUUUGGAAAAAUCACUGGAUGUUCAGUAAAAAAUUAUAGCAAAGGAUCCUUAGGAUAAUGAUUGUCAAACUCUCCAUCAAAACUACAGCGUAAUAUGGCGCAAUCAUCUAUCAAGGCACACAAUGUUUCUAUCUGAGCUGUUGUAUAUGGUAUAAUAAUUUUCUUGGGUAAAAUACCAAAAUGCUGAAUACAAGAUUUAAUGCCUAACACAGCAAGCUGUGCAACAGCAGAAGGGUAAUAUUCAAGGGUUUUAUUAGGAGAAAUAUGGGGAUAAAUCCAAAGAAGCGGUCCUUGUUGCCAUAGCACUCCUGUAGGCUGACGAAAGGUUUUUAGUAUGCACAAAAGGAGAUCUUCCUUUUCCUUAGCAUUGCCUUUUCUAGUCUUUCUUCUACUUUCCUCAAGGAUAAUCGUGCUUCCUUUGUUAAAGCACGGGGUGGAGUAAGCUGAGAAUCCCCUUUCAGGAUCUCAUAGAGUGGCUGUAAAUCUACAUUGGGCAUUUUAAUAUAGGGUCGAAUCCAAUUUAUGCUUCCUAGUAAUUUUUAAAAGUCAUUUAAUGUUUUCAAAUGAUCUUUUCGUAAUUCAAUUUUCUGAGGGGAAACAUUAUGAGGAGUGAUUUUAGUUCCUAGAUAUUCCCCCAUUUGGCCCAUUUGAACCUUUUCAGGUGCUAUGAACAAUUGAUUGUUUUCAAGCACCUUAAACACUUUUGCAUAGGCCACUUUUAAGGUGCCACAAUCUUUAGUGGAAAGCAAAAUAUAACCUUAGCCAGAUUGGUGGGGCAUUUAGGAUCAAAGGCACUCUCCAUGUUCUCCUGAAUAAAUUUUUCAGGUGGUCUACCUCUAUCAAAUCUGAUCAGUAUGACUCUGUGAGGUUUCCAGAGCCUAAUCACAUACCUAGCAAUAACCUCAACUUGAGCUACAACAAAAGCUGUACUGACCCCAUAGGUUCUGACUGAUUAUGCCAAUUGCUUCAUAGUCUUAAAGUCAACGGGUUCAUGAUAUCAAUGCCUGUUAGCAUCCAGAAACACUGGAAAACUUAAUCCCAUCUCUUUCCACAC